GGGCAGAAGGACCUCAGAGAGCCCCGGGAGGACCGGGGUGGGGGGGGGGGGGGGGGAAGUCUCACGGCCUCCCCCAGGGCGGUGGUGGGCGACGGGGGCACCGGGGGGCGCCUGAACCCGGUGGAGACGCUGCAGGAGGAAGCGAUCUGCGCCAUCUGCUUGGACUACUUCGUGGAGCCCGUGUCCAUCGGGUGCGGGCACAACUUCUGCCGCGUGUGCAUCUCGCAGCUGUGGGGCGGCGAGGCGGAGUACGAGGCGGCCCCCGGGGCGGCGGCGGCGGCGGCGGCAGCGGGCGGCGGAGGGGUCGUGGGGCUGGGCGACGUGCUGGAGGAAGAGCUGGAGGAUGAGGAGGACGAGCUGGACGACGACGAGCUGGAGGUGGAGCAGGAGGAAGAGGAGGAGGAGGAGGAGGAGGAGGAGGAGGACGGCGGCGGCGGCGGCGCCGAGGAGGAGGAGGAGGAGGACAUGUGGAGCGAGGAGGAAGACGACGCCGAGCUGUGGGAAGAGCCCGUGGAGGAGGACAUUUGGGACGGUGGGGUCGGGGGAGAGCUUUAUUUUGGGGACGAGGACUACGACGAGGACGUGAUGGAGGAGGACGUCGAGGAAGAGGAGGAGGUGGAGGAGGAGGAAGAAGAGGUGCAGACCCCUCCGCCCCCGGUUCUGGCCGCCCGGCCCCGGCGCCUGCAGACCUUUACCUGCCCCCAGUGCCGCAAAACCUUUUUCCAGAGGAAUUUUCGGCCCAACCUCCAGCUGGCCAACAUGGUGCAAAUCAUCCGCCAGCUGCACCCGCACCCCCAGCGCCUCGCGCCGCCCGCCGCCGGCCCUUCGGCUUCGGGGGCUGCGGCCGGAGGGCCGGGGGUCCUGGUGGCCGUGGGGGGCCAGGGGCCUCCGAACCUGUGCGAGAAGCACCAGGAACCCCUGAAACUCUUCUGCGAGGUGGACGAGCAGGCCAUCUGCGUGGUGUGCAGGGAGUCGCGGAGCCACAAGCAUCACAGCGUCGUCCCCCUCGAGGAGGUCGUGCAGGAUUAUAAGAACAAACUCCAGAGCCACCUGGAGCCGCUGAAGAAGAAGCUGGACGCGGUCCUGAAGCAGAAAUCAAACGAGGAGGAGAAGAUCGCAGAGCUGAGGGACAAGAUGAAGCUGGAGAUCAAGGAAUUCGAGUCGGACUUCGAGCUGCUGCACCAGUUCCUCAUCGGAGAGCAGGUCCUGCUCCUGCACCAGCUGGAGGAGCGCUACGAGAGCUUGCUGGUCCGCCAGAGCAGCAACAUCAGCCAGCUGGAGGAGCAGAGCGCUGCCCUCAGCCGCCUCAUCGCCGAGGCGGAGGACAAGAGCAAACAGGACGGGCUGCAACUGCUCAAGGACAUCAAAGGCACUUUUAUCAGAUGCGAGAACGUCAAAUUCCAGGAGCCCGAGAUGGUGCCGGUGGACGUGGGGAAGAAAUACCGCAACUACUUCCUGCAGGACGUGGUGAUGAGGAAGAUGGAGAAAGUCUUCAGUAAAGUCCCUCAAGCUGACAUCACCCUGGACCCCGACACCGCCCACCCUCGCCUGAGCCUUUCCCUGGACCGCCGCAGUGUCAAGCUGGGCGAGCGCUGCAAGGACCUGCCGGACAACCCCAAGCGUUUCGAUUCCGAUUACUGCGUCCUGGGCUCCCAGGGUUUCACCGCCGGCCGCCACUACUGGGAGGUCGAAGUCGGGGGCCGGCGAGGCUGGGCGGUGGGGGCGGCCCGCGAAACGGCCCGCCGCAAAGAGAAGGCCGUGGGGCCCCACCAGAAACGGGAGAUCUGGUGCGUGGGCACCAACGGGAAGAAAUACCAAGCGCUGACGGCCACGGAGCAGACGGCCCUGUCGCCCAGCGAGCGGCCCCGGCGCUUCGGCGUCUACCUGGACUACGAACGGGGCCAGCUCUGCUUCUACAACGCCGAGAGCAUGACCCACAUCCACACCUUCAACGCCUCCUUCCACGAGCGCAUCUUCCCUUUCUUCCGCGUCCUGGCCAAGGGCACCCGCAUCAAAAUCUGCGCCUGACGGCCUCCCCUCGCCCUCCCGCCGGCCGCCUCGCCCCGGAUCCGGCCUCCCCCUGGGAUCCGGCCUUGCACACACGGCCGCGCUCCUCUCCUUUCCCCCCCCACCCCCCGCCCCGUCCUUCGGGGCCCUCGGCGGGCUCCGACGCUGCACUUGUUGUCUUGCACCUGCUUGCUCACGAGGCCUCUUUCUUUUCCCCCGUCUGCCCUCCUCGUCCUCGUGCCAGCUCUUUUGCACGGCCUCGCCGCCUUCCCAGCCGGCCGAGCUGCUCCAAAGCUGGUUUCGUUCGGACUCGGGAACAAGUCGCCUCGCUGGGGAGGCCGGGCCGCCGCUUUCCCUUCGUCCUUCGCCACUUGAAGCCUUUCCGGGUGGCCGCGUUAAGCUUUCCGGUGUCCUCUCUUCCCCUUUUUUUUUUGUUUGUUUUUGAAGCCCACGGUCCGGUUUUGAGACGCGGCCUCUUCGGGUGCAGAGCUCGAGCUCCCGGGGGGUCUGGGCGUCGAGGAGCGCCGCCUCUUGGCCUCUCGAGUUCCCGUCGGGGUUGAAAUCAUCUUCCAAAAGGGCCUCGGCUUUUCCCAGAGCUGUGCCAAGGUUUCGGGGAGCCUGGAUUUCUUGGGGCUUCACCUCCUGAACAUCUCCAUCCCCAGCUGGCCUUUGGACCUGGAGUCGAACCCGCUUUACCCGGCGAUGUUUUCCUGUUCUGGCGCUUGCUCGCCUCCCCCUUGCUCUUCUCCCUGCCCCUUGCUGGGGGGGGGGGGGGGGGGGGCCACCAGAUCUCCUCCCCCCCCCCCCCGUUUCCCAUUCCCUUCCCAACCAUUUCUUGGAGGCCUGGCACUUUAUUCAGGGCCGCCUGGGCCAGGGAGGGUGCAAAAAAAUAAAAUACGGGCGGUUUCCUCCGGCCGGAGCGCGGCGCUGCCGGCACAGCCCGGUUCUUUCGGUGCACGCUCCAGGCCCCGGUGGUGGGAACCAGCCUCUCGUUUCCCCUUGCAGCUUGAGAGCUCUCCGAGGUGGGAAAUAUUUAUUUUCUCUUCCCUUUUCUCGGCUGUCGUCGACUUUCCAGCUGAAUCCUGUCCCCCCUCGAGAGACUCUUACCGCACCUGUUGUGUUUUACUUCUUUUCGUUGGUGGAUUGGUAUUAUUAUUAUUAUUAUUUUUUUUUUUUUCUGUUGGCAUUACAGAGCUAGUUCAAAAUAUUUUUGGCUAAAAUGAGAAUUAAAUGGAGAUUUAGUUUUUUGAAAUGUCGAGAAAUAAUAAUAAAGAAUAAGGUUGUAAA